UAAGGAGCCAAUGGGAUGUUACGUUGGGUACACGUCACGUAGCAUUAGUCACAUCCGGGUGAGGACUUUGGGGUUUCCCUGCGAGGCUGUUGGCUGUCGAUGUCCAGGAUGUGCCGAUCGGUCCGGGUGUUGCUGCAGGUGCUGUGGGCCCAGCUGCUCUGUGGGUGGGUGCUCAGCUCGGAGCUAACUUUUGAGCUGCCGGACAACGCGAAGCAGUGUUUCUACGAAGACAUCAUCAUCGGCACAAAGUGCACGCUGGAGUUUCAGGUGGUGACCGGUGGACAUUAUGACGUAGACUGUCGUCUGGAGGAUCCAGACAGCACUACACUGUACAAGGAGAUGAAGAAGCAGUACGACAGCUUCACAUUCACAGCAGCCAAGAACGGCACCUACAAGUUCUGCUUCAGCAACGAGUUCUCAACCUUCACACACAAGACGGUUUACUUCGACUUCCAGGUCGGCGAUGACCCUCCGCUCUUCCCCAAUGAGAACAGGGUCACUGCUCUCACUCAGAUGGAAUCAGCUUGCGUGUCCAUUCAUGAGGCUCUAAAGUCAGUCAUCGACUACCAGACACACUUCCGCCUCCGGGAAGCCCAGGGACGCAGCCGGGCAGAGGACCUCAACACCCGCGUUGCAUUCUGGUCAAUUGGAGAAGCCAUUAUCCUCCUGGUGGUCAGCAUCAGCCAGGUGGUGCUGCUGAGAAGUUUCUUCUCUGACAAGAAGACGACGACAACGCGCGUUGGAUCGUAACAGCCUCUGACCUCUGGGAUGUGAUUCUUUACUUUCUCAUCUGUACCUGGGUUCAUUGUUCAUCGAGUGGGUAAGAACAGCAGCGCUGAUUGGAAGUCGGAUCAUAUCAAACUGCCAGAUUAUACAAUCUGACAGGUCGUGCUCAUUCAGCGCUGCUGUUCUUAGAAAACGUAUGCAAGCUGUCUUCGGGAUAAAGUUGUGUUUGAAAGUGUUUUUUUUUUUCUGGAUAUGAUAUUAACUGAAGGAAUACUUGACCGUGUUCCUUGUAACUCUGUAUUUGAAGCCGUUCAAUCUCUGGCCAUACAGUUGAAGCAAAUCUCAAGUAAUUUGAAUAUUUGAAAUUAUUUCUAAAUGUGACGUGCUGUCGCUCUUUUUUUGUUUCCCUUUCCACCCAAACUAUUUCGUACAUCUAUCUCUAUCAUCUGUACCAUUAUUUUCAGCCAUCACUUUGACAUAAGCGUAACAGUAAAAGUUGGAAUUAGGUUUAAAAUAAUCUACAGAUGUUUGUUUUUUUACUGCAGAACACAGUCUAUAAAACCACACUCAUAAUGCAAAGAUUGUUUGCUCCACAAAACUUGUACCUGCUUAUUGAGAAAAAAAUAUUUUUUUCUUUAUUAAACCACUGUUAAUUGGGAAAAAGGAGAUAUUUUGUUUGCUUUUAUCUGCUUUGUCAAAGUUUUCUAGAGGGAGUAAACUGCACACAGUAGGUCAAAGGUUAGUUUGAAAGUGGAUUGAAAUAGUGAACGUAGAUAUAAUUUCUCUUGAGCGACUGCAGCCCUUAAAAGAGAGAGUUCAAUUUUGCAUGUCUGUUUCCAUUUGAUUUUGUUACACACUGAGGUGAACAAUCUGUCCAAUUUGGCCACAUGAAGGUGAUAUUAUCAGAAAUUUGGGAUCACAAGGUGUUGCUGCUCUCUUUCACGUUUGACUUGGAGGAAAAAUAAUGUACGAAAAAUCAUCUUUAAAAACAGCUCAUCUGUGUUUAGGUGGCAAUUCCUACAGUUUAAUUAGCAGUAGCUCCGUUUUGCUUUGUUGAAAACUAUUCUGCUGUUCAGUUUAAUAUGUAAGAAUUUAUUUAUCUCGUAGGCUCACGUUGUCUUUUUGGUUUGGUUUUUGGUUUUAUACAGCGCUGUUGUGAAAUUCAUGUUGUGAAAAAUACUGCUUAGAGAAAAAAAUAAUGGCAUUCAUUCGGAUUUGUAGUUCUAAUCUGGUGUUUUAUCCCCUCACUGACUGACAGGAAGUAAAACUUAACAGCUUUUAACGCCUGUAUCUGCUAUUACUGUAUUUUGCUUUUUUUUUUCCUCUCAAUUGUUUGUUUUGUAGAAAGAGAAGAUUUUUAACAAGCUGACCGUGUUUUCAGCGGAGGUUCACUUUGUGGGAAAAUCAGCACGCAUGUCCUGUCCUCUUGUUAGCUGUACGUACUGGUAAAUUUGCUUGCGUCACGCUGACUUGCAAAAAUCUGACUGUCAUUUCAGUACUCGCUCAAUAGCCUAAUGUGUGGAACACCCAAGACUGAAAGCUGACAUGCACAAUGUUCUCUGAACACGUCAAUUACCGUCGCUGAGAUUAGACGGUUAAUUUGUCAUGAAUGUAACUUUGUAUGUUUUUGACAAAGACGAACUAACCCCAAACACACCUAAAGAGACCAAAAACAUGCUUUUAUUGAUUUUAACGCAUUAUGUUGAACUUCAAGAUUCAAAGUUUAGAUUUUUCAUGAACAUUAAAUGACUAUAAAUAAUUGUAACCGUUCAUUUUAACUGCUUCUUUUGUUGUUUCUCCUCUCGCCACGUGUUUGCCGUCUGGUUUGGUAUGUGUUGCAAUGCUGGCAUUUCCCUGAGGUCUUUGUGCUGACAGGUCACUUUUGGACUUAAAUUCAAUGGGAACGUGUUAAGUUAUUGGGAUGGCUGAAUAAACUUUCUGUUUCAGUGUG